ACAGUGAAGAUCUCUCCAGAAAGUAUUUUUGCUUAUUCUAUAAACGCAGACCUACCUAUUUUGAAAAAAAAGACUAUUCAACUUUUACAUUCUAAUUUAUAUUUUCCACGGUAUUUCUGAAUAAAAGAUGCAGAGGUCUAUUGGAGUUGUAUGCAUGUCACUUCUUUUCUGUGCAAUGCUGUCAGAAACCAUUGGACUAGUGAUUGCGGCUAAAGAGAAGCGAGGAUGGACACUAAACAGUGCUGGCUACCUUUUGGGUCCCCGUCGUAUUGAUCACCUAAUACAGAUAAAGGAUAAUCCCAGCGUAAGGGGGAGAGAAGAACUGCUAAGUCAAUAUGGCAUUGACGGUCACCGGACGUUCAGUGACAAACAAGGCCUUGCUGGAAAGAGAGAUAUGUCCCUGGACGAUGACUUCAAAUCAGGUGCCUUGAGAAUAGCAGAUGAGGAUGUAAUACACACAGUCAUUGACUUCUUAUCAUACCUGAAACUUAAAGAAAUCGGAGCUCUGGAUACCCUGCCUUCUUCUCUCACAUCAGAAGAGAUGGGUCAGCCCUAGUUCAAUGUCAUUAUUUACUGGUUUCCUCUCAACUCUUUACCCACCUGCAAACUACCAUGUCUACACAUUUCCGAUGUUACUGGAUACUGGUGUCAUCCUUCCCAACAAUCUGCUAUACAGUCACGUUCUUAUUAUAAUUUGAAAGAAAUGUAAUAAAACUUUUGAAUGGCAA